GCAAGGGUGUGCUACAUUGCGCCAUAAUUGCUCCACCUGACUUGUCUCGCCGGCGACGAAGAAGUUCUGAAUCGGAAGAACCAAAAAUGAGGGCCGUAGUCCAGCGUGUUGCUUCAGCCAGUGUAGAGGUCGAGGGGCGUACGGUAUCAGCAAUCGGGCCGGGCUUGCUGGUUCUCGUCGGGCUUCAUGAAUCAGACGUCGAUUCCGAUGCUGACUACAUAUGCCGGAAAGUGUUGAAUAUGCGACUGUUCCCAAAUGAGGAAACUGGAAAGACGUGGGAUCACAGUGUAGUUCAGAAGAAUUAUGAAGUUCUAUUAGUGAGUCAGUUUACACUAUAUGGGAUUUUGAAGGGAAACAAGCCUGAUUUUCAUGUCGCGAUGCCUCCUGAGAAAGCAAAACCCUUCUAUGCCUCUGUGGUUGAGAAAUUCCAGAAAGCUUACAAACAGGAUGCCAUCAAAGAUGGUGUCUUUGGAGCAAAAAUGAAGGUCAACUUGGUCAAUGAUGGGCCUGUCACGAUGCAUCUUGACUCAGCACAACCGUCAAAAUGAGACUGAAGCAAUUGAGGAAGUGAUUCUUAGCACUUCUAUUAUAAUUUGAAUGAUAAAUCUAGCAUUCUAAAAGUAGGCACCAACAAGUGUUGGGUUAUUAUUUUAUGAAAUUUUAGUAAUCUCAAAAUCUGAAAGGAAUCAAAGGAGGGAAAAGAAAACUAUUUGUUAUACCCAGGUGGAAUUUUAUUACUCAAUACAGGAUUAUACUCCUAACUCUCAAACUUGGAUUGAAGUGUCACGAAUAUGAACUUUCAGCUUAUAGUUGUUAUCACUUGUUGAAGUAGCUGCAAACCUA